GGAGAGGGACUACCGGACACCAUGCCGCUGAAACGAGAGGACACGGAGCGAGCCCUCCAGGUCAUGGAGGCCUGUCAGACAGGAGCAGACGAAGGCUUUAAGAUCAGAGCUGAGAAACUCCUCAACAUCUUCCAGAGUGACCUGUUUCAAGCUCUACUAGAUAUCCAGGAGUUCUAUGAGCUGACAGUGUUUGAGAACCAGACCAGAACCACAGGACACACCACACCACCUGGACUGAAGUAUCGUUACCAGGAUGAGGAAACUCUGGACCACAGCCCCGCCCACAUGACAUCUAGACGCAGCAGAGAGUUCAACCAAUCACAGCUGGACGGAUACACACAUCUGCCACCCAUCACGGUUUGCUGGGUGUGCUGUAGUGAACUAGAGUAA